CCACUCCUCUCACGGAUCUUCUCAAGCUCAAAACUUGGAUCACCACUCUCUCACCUUGACCAUCGACAAAACAACAAGCGAGCCAUAUCACAAGACUACCUCACUCUUCUGUUGUCUCAUCUCGUCAAGAUGCUCGUCAAGACACUCAUCGCCCUCAUCCCGAGCCUUGCUGCUCUGGCCAGCGCUGCUCCCGCCCUCGGCGCGUUCAAGCAUGACGCUGACCACAACGACACCAACGUUCUCACCAAGGGCGAUGGCUUGCCCCACAUGCUGUUCCACGACUGCUCCGGGGACAAGUACGUGACCAAGACUACAGCCGCCUCCCCGCUCGUUGAGGACUGCCGCUACAUCGCGGACGUAAUCAUCCCCGACUUUGACCACACCCCCAUCUGCUGGUCCUGGCACGACACCAUUCCCAGGGAGAUUCUCAGCCACGGCACCUGCGCUGUCAACAUUGCCAGCAAGCUUGACAAAUAUCCGAAUGGUGACUUGAUCGAGAUGUGCAACAAGGACAUUCAAGACUUCAUCCACUACUCGAUUGACAACUUCCGCUGGACCACGCCCGAUGGCCGCCUAGUUGUCGGCGCCGAGGGCUACGCCUAUUGCCCUAGUGAUUUUCCUGGCCACUCGAGCCCCGCCAUCUACGGUCUUUACCACACCUAAGCUGAGUUCGAGCUCAGUCCUCGCUGAGCGAAAGCUGCAGGCAGCUCGUCACCAAUGGCUCACUACAGUACACUGGGCGUCUGCUGGCAGCACCACCACUUGAUUUCACUGGCGUCGGAGUUCAUUUCUGGGGCGGCGGAAUCUUUCACGGUGGACACUCUCACUUUUCUUUGCAUGGACGGACAUGGGACACAUAGCAUGCUUGGGUUCGGCAAACAUGGGUUUCUCGUAUGGCAUAUGUUGACAUUUGGGAACGGGUGUUCUGGACUGGAUGCAUAUGCUGGCUGGGUAUAAUGACAGGUGAUUGGGGACAUCAAAGUAAUCUGAGAUUGGUUUGAACAGGUAGUCAGUAUAUCUUGCGCUUGUGCAUUGAUAUCUGACGGGUGGUCGGAG